AUGGGGGUGGUGGUGGAAUAUAUGCAAAGGAUAUGGCCUUUUUCUGCAUUUAAAGUCAAUAAUGAUUUAAGAGCAUCAGAUGGAAUAGUGAAAAAGUUACCUGUGCCUGAAAGUACGAAACAGUUUGUUUAUGCUAUCCGUGAGCCUGAAUCGCAGUCUAUUAGCUAUAUACUAUCUGUUCAGAAUUUAUCAGAAAGGUCAGCUUCGGAUGUUGAGUAUCUCAUAAGAGGGAUUAAGCCUGAUGCUGUUAUUGUUCACAUGGGAAGCUUUAAUGAUUCGGACAUUAGGGUAAGUGAGAAUAGUGAAAAUGGUGAUAGCAUUCAUGAGUACGCCAUUCCAACAUCAUCAUUUGAGGUGUUGAAAAGAUGUUUUGUGCAUAAGACCAAUACCGAGAAGUAUGAGAAAGUGGCAGGGAGUUUAUUUUUGAAGGAAGUUUUUGGGGUGAGUUUCAAUGCCCAUGUUAUGGCUGCCAAGAAGGCUGCUGAGGAAGUUGGUUCUUCAUUUCUUACUCUUGAAUUGCCUUUCGUGAAGUGCAUCACUGAUGGAGAUGGUGAAUGUGGUUUGGACACAGGGGUAGAGCAGGUGGUGGAAUCAGGAAAUGGAUUUCUAGGUGCUUUUGGUUUUCAGCCGAGUAAUUUGGUUUGUGGAAGGAAUAUGGUUUCUGUGAGGUCGAGGGGUUUUUAUGUUAUGAAUGAUGUUCAGUCUCAAAUGGUGAAGUUGCUCUCUACAUAUUUGGUUCAGUCAAGUACUAUUUUGAAACUCGGUAGUGAAGAUGUUAGGCCUCUAGUUGAUUAUGAGGCUCCGCAGUUUGCAAAAUCUGCCUAUCCCUUGCUUGUUGAUUUGCAUGACAUAUUUGUUGACAUCCCCUCUAUGGGAAGGGCUCUGGCUUGUGCUCAGAAACUUCUUAGUGAUGUUAACAAGGGAAAAAUUGUUGAUUCCCAGCUCCUAUCUGAAUUUUACUUAUUUCGUGUUGCAAUUGAGGGGCUGAGAAUUGCAUUGAAUAAUGCUGGCCGGCUUCCUUUGAGCAAAAUAGGAGACCCUGUCUUGGCUAACUCUAAGUUCUGUGAUCUUCCUCUGGAGGAUCAGUCACACGCUAUUCUUGCACAGGCUCUUCAUAGCCAAACUAAGAAAUUCAAUUCAAUAGUUGUAGUAGUUGAUGCUAGCGCAUUAGCUGGACUAAGGAAACACUGGAAAACCCCUGUUCCUCCAGAGGUUAAAAGUACAGUUGAAGAGCUUAUAACUAAUUGUGAAGAUAAUGAGGAAAUCUCACACCAGAGUAACAUGAAACGCUUGUUGGCUGAUAAACCGGUGGUGGCAGUUGGGGCAGGUGCAACAGCAGUUUUUGGAGUUUCUUCCCUCUCUAAAGUUAUUCCAGCAUCAACUUUUGUCAAAAUUGCAACCUUUCAUGUCCCAACUUCACUAAAACUUUUGUUGACUCAAACACAAAAGAUUGUUUUUGCACUUGGCAAGGGUCUUGGCCCAACAAAAGUGGUAGCCCCAGGAAUGGGGAGUUCUGCGUUGAAAAGUUCUACCCUGAAGGCUGCUGUGUCUGCUGAGAAAAUCCGAACCAUAUCUCACAGUGUUAUAGCGUCCGCAGAGAAAACUAGUCUUUCUGCCAUGAGAACAGCUUUUUAUGAAAUAAUGAGGAAACGCCGAGCCAGACCCAUUGGAGUUUUGCCCUGGGCCACCUUUGGAUGUAGUAUUGCUACUUGCACAAGCUUGCUACUCUAUGGAGAUGGAAUUGAAUGUGCUGCGGAGACAUUUCCUGUGGCUCCAUCAGUUGCUAGUUGGGGUCGUGGAAUCAAAAGUUUACACCAGGCAGCUGAGGCUGUCAGGCAAGCAGAGAGCUCCAAGCUACAAAGAUCAAUAGAGUCCCUCCUGCACAGAUUUAAGAACGCUUGCUUAUUUAUGGAGAUGGAAUAUGAAGUGUUUCUGAGUCGUCUCCUCCAGCUUCUUCAAAGAACAGAAGUAAGGAUGGUACCUGGGAGGAUAGAAGAAUGUUCAUUCUUAAAGCGAAGCCUCGAGAAGAAAAUGAAGUCAGUGACAGGAUCUGAACUUUCCGUUAGGGUUGUGAUCAUGAUGUGGUAUCUCGAGUCUCCAGUAAGUUAUAAUCAGGUUUGCUGUCAAGGGUUGAUUCCCAAUAUUGGUAUCAUCUAUGGUGGCGAGGCAGGUUUCUUGGAAAGCGUCAUCGGGCUGGCAGUGGCAUUAGGCUUCUUGGUAGCGUUGUUGCCUUCUUGGCGACAGUCGAUGUUUUUGACGGGACGUUUAAUACACCCUGGUGGCUGA